AUUGUUUUCAGUUAUGGAUAAUUUAUCUUUCCCUGAUUUUGGAGAUGUUUUCGUGGAAUGUCCUCUCAAAAACAGUUCCAUGCAUAACAAAGGAGUUUCAAGAGCCAGUUACAAACAAGACUCUUCUAAAUCACGUGAUCAGCACACCGAGAGCAAAGACAGCAAUGAGUUGUGAAAUACAAUGUUUCGUUGAAGUCACGUGUGUAUCAUACAACUUUGGUCGAAACGAGGAUGGUGAUAACGUGUGUGAGCUGAGUGAUUCUGAUGGUGUCAGAGAACCAGACGACUUGGUCACACGGCAGGACUUCCUCUAUCGCGCGACAAAGAGUGCUUGUGAGGAGGACAGUUUUCAAUGCGGCAAAAAAGGAAUCUGCAUUCCCAACUAUAAAGAUGGCAGCGUACGAUGCAAAUGUGAUGACGGCUAUACGGGAAAACCCUGCGAUGCGAGAAGCUGCUCUCAAUUGUUCCAAGAUGGUCUCAAUUCCAGUGGGGUGUUUACUGUCAAUCCAGAUGGCGGCAAAGCAAUACAAGUGUUGUGCGAUAUGAAAACGGACGGUGGAGGUUGGACCGUUUUGCAGAAACGCUUGGACGGCUCUGUUGACUUUUAUCUUGGAUGGGAAUCCUACAAAAAAGGCUUUGGAAAUCUAAAUAGCGAGUUCUGGCUUGGAAACGACAACAUUCACCGUUUCACUGUCACGGAUGAUGUCAUGUUGAGAGUUGACCUGGAAGACUUUGAUGGCAACGUCACCUACGCUGAGUACACGACUUUUAAGGUGGCAGACGAGGCUGAUAAGUACCGGCUUUUGAUUGCAGGAUACAGUGGCACAGCUGGUGAUUCUAUGAUAUACCAAAGCAAUAUGCAGUUUUCUACCAAAGAUCAAGACAAUGAUCUCGGUCAACACGUGUCCAACUGUGCCCAACAAUACAAGGGAGCCUGAUGGUACAAAAACUGCCAUGGCUCAAAUCUGAACGGAUUAUACCUUACUGGUCCCCAUGCUUCUUUUGCUGAUGGAGUCAACUGGAAAACUUUCAGGGGUUAUCGCUACUCGCUGAAACGCACCGAGAUGAAAUUAAAAACCAAGGUAUAAGGCGAUGUCUAUCGAAGAGUACCCGAUCAAGAAACUAAGCUAUCUUAGCAAGUAAAUAAUUAUGCAUGAUGACACCUUUAAAUUAAACUUUUUCGAUAGCUUCAAUACAAUUCAUUGUAAGUGUUGUUAUUACAUCGCUCGCAGCGCCGUGGGCAAGAUGAAGCAAAUUCUGUGUUCUGAUUGGCUACCCGAGCGGGCAAGAUGAACCCAUCUUGCCCGCUCGGGAUUGCCCACAUUGAUCCCACGCAUGAAUAAAAUUGAAUUAACCAAGACUGUUCGCUCGAGAUAGCUGAAUAACAGCCUGGUUU